AUGUACUCGGGCCGAAUAAACUAUGAGUUUGCAGGUUCAGUGAACAAAGAAUGGGUAUGGAAAGAUAACUUGUAUUACUUUCAUUCGCUGAAAGUCAAGAAAGAGUUGUGCUAUCACAGUGGUUGUGUUAAUACCAUCUGCUGGGAUGAUCGUGGGGAGUAUAUUUUGUCGGGUUCAGAUGACAGAUGCAUCGCUAUUGCUAACGCUUUUUCACAGGAUUCUGAAGGUCCGAACGCCUAUAAUUUAAAGUUGCCCGCGUACAGUAACAUUUUUACAGCGAAGUUUCUCCCUUUUUCUUGCGGAAGCGAAAUAGUUGUUGGCUUUAAAUGCGGUUGUGUCACCCAUGUUAAUCCUAAUUCUAGUAUAAAGGAUAGUCUCAAGAACAUUUUCUGUCACACGUUUGCCGUGUAUGACAUUCUUACUUUGCAAGAAAUGCCUACUUGCUUUAUAACACUAUCUCAUGACCAUUCAGCCACUCUUCUGGAUACCAGAAUCACGUCCGUGCGCAAGAGUCCGAGUUGUAGUCGGGGAUGCUUCAACAACACAAACUCACCAUGGGUUUCAAAUUUUUCUGUUGUCAAUCAAUUAAAGUUUCAUUUUCCAGUAACUGCUGGUGAUAUCCAUCCUUUGAAUGGAUGUCGUUCAAUUGCGCUGGCAACUGCCGACGGUUUUGUACGUCUUUUCGAUAUUCGGAAGCUCGUUUCCACUUUGUCCUCCGCAGCUGUGGGCGACCCACCCCAACCUAUGCCAUUUCGUGUAGCCAGACCUCUUGGUUUACCUGCGAAGAUAAAUUCGACCAAAACGUUCAGAUUAGAUUAUGGACCAGGUCAUAUAACGUCAGUCAAGUUUGAACCUAUCUAUGACAAAGAUCAUACUCAGUUUUUGUUACCUACUGGCCGUAAACAGUCACUUUCGUCGAAUCUUGGUGGAAAACAUUUACUUGUCAGUCAUAUGUAUGCCCCUAUCUUCUUGUAUGAUCUUUGUUCAGAAGAAACGCUUGGCGACUCUGAAGUACAGCGACCUGAUUGGCUACCGAAUACGGAUACAUGCAGUCCAUCAUCGGAAACAGAAUCUCCUCGCUCAUCGGAAGAUAGCCUUAUUUCAGAUCCGAAUAUACGUUUAACUGUUGCUCUCUAUCGAUGGCUCACCCAACAUCGAUCCAGAACAGAUGAAAGCGCUGUGGAUGAAGCAUCGACUGAACCUCAAACAGUGUCUUCAAGUCCUGCCGAAUCAACGUCUGGUCAAACGUCUUACACAGGCUCUCAGCGUGAACAAAAACUCCCUAUAGAUUACCUAACAGAUGCAUAUAUUUCUGACAUCAUAAAUUCUUCUCCAAGAUAUCGCGAAAUAAUGAAAUAUCGUGGUCGUGAAUGCUGUAGUACUGUGGUCAAAGUGUCAACAUUUUGGGGGCGGAAUUUUAUUCUGUCCGGAUCUGAAUGUGGUCAUUUAAUUGCAUGGGAUCGUAAUACAGGAAAGCCUGCACUUGCAAUUAAAGCAGAUACAUCUGUAGUAAAUCGAAUUAUUCCUCACCCUCUUUUUCCAAUGAUUGCUGUCAGUGGAAUUGAUCGGUCCAUAAAAAUAAUUGAACCUGAUCCAAAUAUAUACGAACAAAGUGAUGUUGACGAUGGUGAUGACCAUGGUGAAUCAGCGUUUAUGAAAGUAGUAAAACAGCAUGAAGAAGAAGCAAGUCAGAUAUGUCAAGCAAAUGAAAUAAGAACAAAAAAAAUGUUAAGUUCUGGUAAUAAUCACUUGGAUAGUAUCGCACGUCUACGAGCUGGUCGUGAAUUCAGCGAUCUGUACAAACCUCUGCUAAAGCGUUCGUAGACUUCUCUUGAUUCAAAUGUGAAUAUCGUGAUAUAUUUCUCAUUCUAAAUUUGAAGUAAAUAUCGAACCAGUAUAGCAUAACAACUAUUCGAAGAGCUGUCUUACUUCUUGAAUCAGCUUCAAAUAUAACCCUGUUAUCAACCAACUUCAUAAUGGCCUUCUUCGCUAAAUCUCUGCUUCAAUUAACACUGUAUAAUCAGUCAAAUAAUUACUAUCUGUCCUACUUUAUCUCGAAGUAUUGUAGUUCCUAAUCUCGUAACCUCAUUUUUGCACACCUAAUUUCAGUGUUGCCGGUUUAAUUGUUUCACUGUAUAUAGAAAAUAAAUUUGAAUGAUAUACCUACAAUUUUGUCCAGAUUUCUGUCUUCACAGUCAUCUUCUUGCAGUUAAACAACAAAAUGAUUGUCACUGAAUCAGAACUAAUUUAUACACAUAGUUCCAUUUAUUAUUUUGAAAAGAGAAAGAACAAUGAUUGGUGCAGAUUAAUAUGAAUUCAUUUUAUUUCGUUAGGUUCAGCUGCUUACAACCUAAAAUAUUUGAAGUUCAAAGUUAGAUGAAGGAUGAAUAUAUGCAACAUAAUGUAGCAAAGAUUUCGUUAGAGUUAGUGAGGUUAUAAAAGUUUUUGUUUCGAAUAUAUAGAGUUUGGGAGGAAAAGUUCCAGAAAAUUGAGAUAGUGAUUAGAAAUCAUGGAAUUAAAACACAUUAGACGAUUAUGUAAUGAAAUAACUGAAAAUAGAUUAAUGUUAAUAAAGAGAGAUAUGAAUUAAAAUUGG